ACUAUUAGGAUAUGGCUGAACAGGAUGUGGAGAAUGAGUUGCUAGACUAUGAAGAAGAUGAAGAUCCUCAGGCAGUAACUGAUGCAGCCUCCAUCCCUGCUAAAAAGGAUGUGAAGGGCUCCAAUGUCUCCAUCCACAGUUCUGGUUUCCGAGACUUCCUUCUGAAGCCAGAGCUGCUUCGUGCCAUUGUGGACUGUGGCUUUGAGCAUCCUUCAGAAGUGCAGCGUGAAUGCAUUCCACAGGCUAUCUUGGGCAUGGAUGUGUUAUGCCAAGCCAAAUCGGGCAUGGGCAAAACUGCUGUCUUUGUCUUGGCAACUCUGCAGCAGAUUGAACCAUACAGGUCUGUGGUGUCAGUGUUUGUGACGUGCCACACCCGGGAGCUGGCCUUUCAGAUCAGCAAGGAAUAUGAGCGUUUUUCCAAGUAUAUGUCUUCUGAAAAACACUGUAGUUAACCCCAAAAGAUAUAA